UGUUGGAGGACGAGAAGCCGUAUCCAAUUGAAGCAGCAAAGGCUUCUGCGAUGACUGUGGAAACCACUGCUUAUGCCUUGCUUCAAGCAUUGUCAAGGAAUGAUAUUGACUAUGCAACACCGAUUGCGAGGUGGCUAACGAUGCAACAGAACUAUGGUGGUGGAUUUCACUCGACGCAGGACACAAUCAUUGCCUUGGAAGCUUCAUCACGAUGCGACAUUGCAUUUCUGAAGAGGGAAGAAGAAAUCAAUAUGCAAAUUCAAUUCCAUGUUUUUGGAAGUCCCAUUGAGAAAACGAUUCAUUUGCGCCAGCAUAAUGCUCUGACUGAGAAAGAAUUGAAGUUUCCACUUGGAAGAAAGAUUCACAUCAAAUUGACUGGUCAAGGAAAUGGGACACUGACUAACCGUACGAUUAGACUGUUUUGAUGAGGAAUUUAAAGAUUAUGUGUCCCAUCCGUUUGACUCACCGUUUGGUACCAUAGGUUGGUACGAUCUUCGUUCGAGAAAGAAAAGGGAUGUUCCAGAGACAGAAAACCGUCAAACCAUUUACUACAAA